AUGAAUAGGAAGAAGAAUAUCGAGAGGAUCGCAAAGCCCUUUGCCGUACGCGCCUAGUUUGAUGUUAGUACAACUGGUCUCGGUGCAAUUCAGGGGGGAGGGGAGAUGCCAACAUACGACGACUCCGUGGUCCCAGGCAAAGACUGCAAGCUCAUAAAGUCGGGUGACCAGAUCCCACCGGGCUGUGAUGUAACCGGCUACGAAGAUCGCAAAUGUGAGGACAGAGAAUGGGUGCAUUAA